AUGAUACCCUUCUGGAAUGUGACCCGCCUCGCCUUCUGCUGCUACAAUUCCAUUCGUUGGUUCAAGAAAUGUUCAGGCGCGCCGUCAAUAAGUGGAUCAAAGUUCUUCCGCACGAUCCCUCACCUCAAGUCAUCCAAGGCUCCAGCUUUCAAACAGACAUCAAACACCAUCAACAUGUCUCUCCAAGACCUACCCAUCGAACUGCUGCAGUACAUAUGCACAUUUCUCCGCCCUUCCACCAAUCUCCAAUCCUUCAGCCUCGUCAGUCAAAAAUGCCGUUCAGCUGCCAUCUCUGUUCUGUUCCGCACCAUCCAAUUCGAGACAAGGAUGUCCAAUGAUGCAUUCCAGCAAAAGGUCAAAUCUCUCACGAGCACCCUUGCCAGUGUCGGCAUGAAGUACGUCCACGAAUUGGAAAUCACAUACCACAGGGAGAAACAUGUGGAUUUCCUGAAUUAUAGAGAUGAGUCUCUUUCUGAUGAAUGGACGGAGCUGGAAUCGUACGGUAGCAUGAGGCCAAUCUGGUACGACGAGGGAAAUGGUCCAUUCCCGAUUCAAGAUCUUGAUUGGCAUUCGUUCGCCCGUUUGCUUGAGCAGCUACCAGCUCUCUCCGACGUUACCUGGGCACAUUCAGCGCAUAUUCCAGCGUGUUUGCUGAAAGCUCUGCGCUCGGAUUGUAGACUUCAUCUGAGAAUAUUUUGUUUCGGAAAAGAUGUCGCAGCUGCACACCAAUACUGCCUGGAUGUAGCGCCGCUACUCUCUAGUGUUUGCGUGCAGGUUUCUUCGACGACGUGGAACAUUACUCCCGUUACUGAGUCGGUGAAGCUCUUUCUGGAAAUGGUCGUGAGAACAGCGUUGAGAUUGCGGGAAGUACGGACCUGCUACAGCCCAGGAUGGGAUCGUCCACAACAGGCGCGAGAUGCUGAGCUUGAGAGGGAGAUGCGAGCUCUGGUACGACUCCAGACACCACAGGUCGAACUGCAGACACCACAGAUCGAGCACAGACUCCAAAGACUACUGCGUUUGGACAUAGGAGGGCCGUCGAGCGUGGAUGCAGAACAUGUUCAGAAAUGGUCUCAAUUUGUAGACUUCUCGAGUUUGCAAACACUCCGCCUUUCAAUGCCAGCCGAGGAUACAUUAAGAUGGCUAACGACUUGCCAACUAACGAGUCUUCAAACUCUGAUGCUGGAUACCUAUCUGUUUCCUUCGCCGGUGGAGGGCUAUCACGAAGCCUUGGAUGCUUUCAUAGCAUCGGUACCUCCACUCCAAGCUCUAGGACUGGAAGGCCAAAUCACCUCCAGUAAUGUCGAAACGAGUAUAAGAGCUCACGGUCCCUCUCUCAAAACAUUCUGGACUCUGCCUGAUUACUACUACAGCUCACUGAUUUUUUCCGCUUCCUCUCUCCAAGCCCUCCGUUUCCACUGCCCCAACCUCGAGGACCUCCGCCUCACAAUCCGCCGAAGCAAAGGCGGCAGGACAGAAACUUCCCUCUACAAGAUCCUCAGCACGUUCCCUCGCCUGAGAACCCUUUUCCUUACCCUCGACUGUUCCAAUCCCGACCUCCUAAUACCUCCUCCCGAGGACCAGAUCGAGGAAGAAGAACCUCUUAUGUUUAAUGAAAAUCUCGCAAUAGAAGGGAUUUACCCUCCCGGGGCUACAGGUGCAUACCCGCUUGCCAAUCGACCUACAAAGGAAGAUGUCMGGGAUGCUCUCAUAAACGCCGCUUUUGACUCCAACCUCGCCCUUCAAAUCCACAGUCUGAUCUCCCCAACUGCCUCCGCUCCUGUGAAGAAUCUUAUACUUCAUCCCAUCGGUGGCGGGACCUUUCAUGAUCACUGCACUCUUCCAGGUCUUCCGGAAUGCUUCUCUCUGUUGGAGAGAAACUGGAAAGUCACUCGCAUAGGGCAGAAGGUGGAUAUUGAAGAAGUCCCGGGUGCAAGAGACGAUGGACCUUGGAGAAAGGACAUGCGACUUCAGAAGGCUUUGAGAGAGAUUUUUGAGGGGUUGUGGCCGGUAGAGGGGAAGGGUGAUUGGAGAGGAGCUUGGAGGAGUUUCCCGCUUUCUGUUGAUGGCGAGGAAGAAGCAGGGGCAUGA